AUGCAAGUACAAGCAGUUAUUAUUAUCAGCAUCCAGCUGUUUAGUCUUGCUGCAGCUACACUGACAUCCACCCCCCCUGUGGCCUGUCCUGAUGACACUGUCACCUUCACCUGCACUCUGCCUGGUAUCUUCAUACGAUGGGACGUCACUCCACCACAAGGCCAAAGGUUUAGCAUAUCUUUAAGUAUCAGCAACACUGAUAGCACACGAGGUAAUCCAGCAUUCCGUGGUGUUCUCACUGACUCCAGUGGAGGAAUGCUCACUGCCACUCUCACCUCACUGUCUGAGGCCUCAACUGUGGAGGGUAUUAUGGUGGAGUGUGUGGGAGAGAACUCUAGAGAGGGUCCUCUCACCAUCAAUGUGGCUGAUCCACCGUCCCCUACUCUCGACACAAGAGUGUCCUCCACUCAAAACCAGCCUAACUCAUCAGAUAUCUCUCUGGACUGGGACCAUCCCUCCUCUACCGGUGGUGUAUCUGUCAGCCAUGUCCUCACCAUCUCCCCAACACCUCUCUCCGGAUCACCAGUCACCGUGGAGACCACCUCAGCACAGAUAACUGUCUCCUACAACACACCCUACAAUGUGACCAUCAGAGCUGUCAACUGUGUUGGAAUGAGUCAAGAAACUUCAAUUAUUGAUCUGAGUAAGCCAUUUCAUGGGGAAUGA